AUGUCAUUUGCUUUAUUUGUAAUAAUAACUUUUAUAUCAUUUCCUGUUACAAUAGUUUCAUUGAUAUUUUUUUAUUGUCAAACAGCUUUUGAAACAAAUGAAGAAUUUAUGAAAUCAAUUUGUUUUGGUAUAUACUAUAGAACAGAAAAAUAUUUAUUGGAUUGUAGUGAUAUAAUGAAACAUCUUCAUGAUGUUGUUUUAAAAUCAUUUAAAAUUACUAAUGGUAGUGAAAGUGUUCAUAUUUUUGAUUAUUUAUUAUUAUUUUUAACAACUAUUAUUCAAUUAUUUUCAUCUUUAAUAAUAACUAUAUUUUCUGCAAAAGCUAUUAAUUUAUCAUUACCAAAUUUACAUUUACUUUUAACUAUUAUACCAGUAUUAAUUUAUUUUUUGGCAUAUGCCUAUUCAACAUAUUGUUGUACAUUUUAUUUUUUUAAAUUUUAUUAUAUUUAUGCUAUUUGGAUUCUUAUACAACAUUUAACAUCAUACUAUUAUCAAUGUAAAGGUCAAAUAUUUAGGAUUGUUAAUGCUAUUGGUGUAUGGAUGUCAUUAAUAUUUUUAGCAGCAACAUCAAUGGCUUCAUAUUGUUGGUAUAUAUUUUUUAAUAAUAAAGAAGUACCAUUUAAAAGAGUUUGUAAUUAUUCUAAAACUGAUUAUGAUUAUUGUUAUCGAAAAGUAUCAUUCUCAAAUCCAUAUUUUCAUUGGAAUGAUGAACAGGUACAUAUUAAUAUAAUAUAA